AUGGGGGUCCAAGAUUAUGAAAUCCAUGGAUGUGUGGGUAAAGGGACAUUUGGAGAUGUUUACAAGGCAAAUUCCAUCAAAGAUAAUUCAAUUGUUGCUAUAAAAGUUAUACAUUUGGACGACACUACGGAAGAUAUAAACGUAUUGAUACAAGAGAUUCAAUUCUUAUCAGGAUUGAGAUCAUCUUAUAUUACCAAAUACUUGGAAACGUUCAUAAACGGGAUGUCAAUGUGGAUAGUUAUGGAAUAUUGUGGAGGAGGAUCAUGUGGGGAUUUGCUUAAGUGUCACAAAAAGUUGAAUGAAGAAGUCACUGCUUAUAUUAUUAGAGAUGUUUUAAGAGGAUUAGUAUAUUUACAUGGGCAGAAGAAAGUUCAUAGAGACAUUAAACUGGCCAAUAUUUUAUUAACUAUAGAUGGGAAGAUCAAGUUAGCUGAUUUCGGAGUUAGUGGAGAAAUCACUAUGACUCAAUUGAAACGUAAUACAUUCGUAGGAACACCAUUUUGGAUGGCACCUGAAGUUAUUACUAGACAAAAAUCAGGGUAUAAUGAAAAAGCAGAUAUCUGGUCAACAGGAAUUACAACCAUUGAAUUAGUAACUGGGUCACCUCCUUUAUCUGAACAUAAUCCUUUAAAGAUAUUAUUCGAAAUUCCUAAGAAAAAACCUCCUGUUUUAACAGGAAUUCAAUUCAGUGAAAAUAUUAAAGAUUUUGUUAAAUAUUGUUUGAUUAAAGAUCCUACGAAAAGACCAAGUUCAUCAUCAUUAUUACAUCACAAGUACGUUACUAACAUCAAGAGACAUGUGAACUUGAUCCAAUUGAUUGAACAAAAGGAUAAAUGGUAUAAGAAGUAUCAUAUUACCAAAAAACCCAAACAUGAGUUGAAUUUUGAAGAAAGUACCAGUGAAAAAGUCCAUUGGAAUUUUGAUUCCACUAGGAAAUUAUCACCAAUGCAGCAAACAUUGAUUGAAGAUUUAAAUAAUCUACAUCGUCCUUAUCAAUCACAUAAAGUUGAUGAGGAAAUGGAUGCCGACUCCAACUCUUCAUCUUCAAAUUCAAUCAACAAUUCUGCAGUUACUCCAACAUCCAAAACUCCCAUCUCCUCACCAUUACCCAAUAAUGUUAACUACAAUGAAGUGUUCAAAUAUUGUUUAGAAAGAGUUAAAUUGAGAGCAAAAUCCGUUGAAACCAGAAUCACAGUGAACAAUUUGAUGAAUAAUAUCCAUCAGUAUGAAUUAGAUCAACCAGGUUUAAGUGAAGCUAUAAUUGAAGAAAUUUUAAAGCUCGAUCAUUUACUUCAACGGUAA